UCCAUCCCACGGACGAGUGUACACAGACUCUUAAGUUGAACCCAGACGCGCACACACAAGACAACACUUACAGCAAGAGGACGAUAGUCGGAGGAAAGGUAGAGAGGGAAAAGAAAGGAGAGUGGACGGAGCUGCUGCCGAGCGAGCAAAAUUUGGAUUUUAAUUUAUUAAGCGAGCCCUAAAUGACAGAGUUGUCUUUGCUUUUUACUGUUUCAAAGUCCACUGUGAAGUGCACUUUUUUUUUCGGGACUUCGUGUGACCCUCUGGUAAUUUUUUAAAAACUUUGCAAGAAAGAAAACUGCGACAAAGGCAAAGAGAACAGCGCUUUAACCGUCAGUUUUAACCGUCCCGUAUGGAUAAAUAAGGCAGAGAAGCGCACUGGUGGAAAAAAGCUCACUACGGGGAAUUUCAUUCAUUCAUCGGUUCUGGCUUGAAGGAGAGAGAGUUUUUUAGGGGGAGGCGGAUUAAAAAAAGAAGCCAGCUUGCACCGGAAUUGCCCAUUGGGGGGUUCCUCUUUAUUACUGACUGAAGAAGGAUUUAUAGUUUACUCCAAAUCUCAUCUGCUCGGUGUCUUAGGUCAAGCACAGCGGGAGCGCAGUUUGGUGAAAAUGAGAUUGAUGGCACCAAUGCGAUAGUAAUCUUUCUGUGGGAACAAAAGGAGAAAGAAAUAUAGAAAUUAAAACAUUGCCCUUUGAAUCCUUAUUGCGAACAGUCGUGGGGUUUUUUAUCGACUGGAGGGAUGGAGACGAUCGGGAGAAAGGGAGGCGCGCCGUUGGGGUGUCGCCUCUGGAAGACGCUGCUUCUUCUUCUGCUGUGGAAAGUGUCUGACAGCCCCUCAGUAGCAGCAGGCGGUGGACCAGGCGGAGGGCCGGACAUCUCCCAGUCCCACUUCUCCUCCUCUCUUCCCACCUACCUCCCUGUCCAAUGCCAACUAAGUGGUGCUGAUUCCGCCUUCUUCCUGCGAGAAGCCAAUCAGGAGGUUAUGCGAAAUGGCAGCCUAUCAUCACGGACUGAGCCAUUCUUUCUCCACCAGCUAGAACCAGGCAUUUCUGCCCCACACUCUCUGCCAAGUGUAAACUGCAGUUAUGGAAAUCUGAGCACUGAGCAGCCAAUCCCUGUGGAAUUGCUUCAAGGUCCACCACCACACCUGCUCCUUUCAACAAACCGUGUGACGUUGAACUGGAAGGUCAAAGGUCAGGUAGUUGUGCCUAAAGUGGGAUCAACAAGGCCCUGGAUACAGGUAUUAUUUUACCUGGUAGGGCAGCGUUGGGAUGAGCCUGAACCACCUCCAUCAUCCCUCCUCCCAUGCAUCAGGGCCUUGGCCAUCCGUGACACUAGUGAAGCAGCACCCUCGGCAGGCUGCCGACUCAUGGGACCAUCUGGUAUCUGUGUUGUCCGUCUGGAGAUUCCCCCAGCUUGGUUUACACCACCACAAGUGAGAAAGAGACCUCCUGAAGUGGCGCUACCAUCAGUGGAUGUGUAUUACUCAAUUAUACCAGUGGAAGGUGCUGGUCAAGAGUGUCCCUCCACUGUUAAUGAGCCAUGGAAAGCUCCAAGUGCAAACCCUGGGCCACAUGGUGGUCUGGCUAUGGGCCUUGGGGGGCAGUGGAGCACCCUAGUGGAUGAAGGUCUUCAAGACAUGCUGAAAGUUGGUUCUGUUGCAAUGAGCAUGGGCCCUGUUUCUGCCAAAGGAGAAAGACUACAAUUAGAUGACAAUGUGGAAGUUUUGGAGCCUCCCAGUCCUGUUCGGCUUGGCAGAACAGUGGCUUUUGCCAUCUACAUGAAGACAACUUCAAAUACGGAACAGUUUACAUUGAGGGUGUGGUUCCAGUCAGGUAUCAACUUCCUGGCUGUGAAACCCAGCAACCUUGUCGCAUGGGAGAUCAAACAGGAAAUGGCACCGGGAAGCAGUUCGUUGGCAGUUAUGUGCCAGAGAAAGGCCUCCUCCACAGCAGAGAGUUUAGAAAGUCCCUCCUAUGAGGUGAUGCAGCUCGACUUUGAGGUGGAUAACGUGAUUAACCUGGUGCCAACCCAGACUCUACACUGGAGCGUUGAAUACCCAGCUGGCACACAGACAACUUCCAGGCAAACAGAGAAAGUUUCACACCUCUAUAUCAGCAGCGCCGACAUACAGGGCAUCGUACCACUGGCUGAGGACACAGAGAUUGUGAAUACAGCCAUUCUAACCGGUCGACAUGUUGCAGUGCCAAUCAAAGUGGUUACUGUGGAAAGCGAUGGGCAGGUGAGGGAGGUGGACGACUCUAUCACCUGCAGCUCAACAGAUGUGGAUGUGGUUAAGGUUUCUCCAAACUGUGACAAGGUUUUGGUGAAUGGCAAAGAAAUGCGUGGUCGGCAGUCUUUGACCAUCAAGUUCUCAUACCUGCACCUAUCUGCUCAGCUUCAGCUCACCGUCUGGGUGCCCAAGCUACCGCUUCAGAUAGAUCUGUCAGAUACUGAGCUCAGCCAGGUCAAGGGCUGGAGGGUGCCAAUCAUCACUAACAAGAGACCCACCAGAGACAGUGAAGAUGAUGAGGACGAUGACAGAAAGGGCAAAGGCUGCACCCUACAGUACCAGUAUGCUUUGGUGCGGGUCCUCACUCAUUUUGUCGCAGAACCUUCUGACCCAGGUGGAGAGAUGGUUUACAUGCUGGGUGCUGACUGGCAAGUUGAUAUCACUCAUUUGGUCUUGGACCAAUUAAAGAUAGAAGAGCCUCGCAUUGCCAGAUUAAUAGAUGGACGAAUCGUAAUCGGGCGGGACCUGGGACACACCAAUAUACAGGUUCUGUCCCCCUUGUCUGACUCGAUACUGGCAGAGAAGACUGUAACUGUAUUAGAUGACAAGGUCACCAUUUCUGACCUGGGAGUCCAGCUGGUUGCAUCUUUGUCCCUUAGUUUGAGUCCAAGUCCUGUAAAUUCUCAAGCCAUACAGUUAACAACCACAGCUGCUGACCUGCUACAUACACCUAAACAGGAAGCUGGGAUCAGUGCAUGGAUCCAGUACAGUGAUGGUUCAGUGACACCAUUGGAUAUAUAUGAUCCAAAAGACUUCCUACUUUCAGCUGUCUCACUUGAUGAGAAUGUCAUUUCUGUUACCAAUCAGGAACAGCACUGGCCCAUUGUAGUAGCAGAAGGUGAUGGGCAGGGGGCAUUGUUUCGAGUAGAGAUGGUCAUCUCUGAAACUUGCCAGAAGUCAAAAAGGAAGAGUGUGCUGGCAUCUGGAGUUGGAAAUGUUAUAGUUAAGUUUGGAGCAAAAAAUGACGAAAGAGGAGUGAUGGGAAGAGGGGGGCAAGAUGAUGGUGGAGGGUUGGAUAACAGCACCAGUGAACAACGGACAAAAGAUGGAGGAGAGUGGAAAUCCAACAGUGCAGCAGUGGACCGAGAGGAAGGAGCCAUGAGGAAGGUUAGCUCAACAACCAAGAGUACAGUAACCCAUCGUGCUUCAGGUGGCAAAGGUGCUGGUGGUGGCAGCAGCAGUAGUCGUGGCAGUGGCCCCAACCAACCAGGCGACUACAGUAGCUACCCAGCACCAGUGGAGGUACCGGGGACUGGAAACAGUGAGCUAACCCAGCCCACUAGAGGCCUGUCAGACCUGGAGAUUGGGAUGUAUGCCCUUCUGGGAGUAUUCUGCCUGGCAAUACUGGUUUUCCUCAUCAACUGUGUCAGCUUUGCUUUCAGAUACCGUCACAAGCAAGUCCCAGUUCUAGAGGCAGGAGGCAACAUGAACCAUGCCCACGACUGGGUGUGGCUUGGCACUGAGGCUGACCUUUUAGCAGACCACCCUGACCAAUGCCAGGGUGGCAUGCUGGAUGAGUGCACCACCAUAAUUGACCGCAAUGAAGGGGGCUACGAGGAGAACAAGUAUCUACUGAAUGGGGCUGGUAACACCUUGGUAAUGGGCAUGGGCACUAUAAGUGGGAGCGGUGGCAGAGGUGGACAUCGGGGUGUCACCCAUGGACAAACCUUGCCUAGAUCUAUUCCAGAAUCGCAUCAGUGCCUUUCAGCAAUCACUACUGGUGGCAAAGAUGCUACAGGUCAAAAGGAGCAUCUGAAUAAUUCCCCCCAAGCCACAGCUGCAGCUGCUGUUGCAGCGGCCAAACGCAAACGCGUCAAAUUCACAUCUUUUGCCACUGUUCUGCCCAAUGAUAAUUCAGGUGGUGGCCCAUACACCAACUCAUCAGUCCUGGUGACGAAUGGGAGUGAAGAUGAUAUCAAGUGGGUGUGCCAGGAUAUGGACCUAGGUCAGUCUGAAAUCAGAACCUAUAUGGAAAGGCUACAAGACAAUCUGUGACUGAUGGGAAAGAAACUGAGAAAUGGCGGGGCAGAGGAUUAGUACAGUAGGGGGAGAAUGGACAAUGAGUACAAUUCACCUAUAAUGCCUUUGCAGUGGAUAUAUGGAGGGAGAAUGGGAGGGAUAUAGGAAGCGUGAAGGGAACAUAAAGUGUGAUGAUGUGUCUGGAAGAGUAUCUAAGAGACAUUGUGUUGGGUUGGGGACGCUUACAUUUAGCAUCCCUUAGGCUAUGAAAAGCAUCACUAGCUCACACUAAAAUUAAUGGUAGCAAAUAAUAAAAAACUUU